UCCCUCCGCUCUCUCUUUACACACUGCUCAGUGAUUGCACUCUCUCGCUCUCUCUCUGAAGUGAAAAGUGCUGUGUAUCUGUACACACUGCAAUUUUUUUUUGCAUGGUCCCUCCUAACAAACCCAACACCAUCAUUACCAUCAUCGCAUCCCCUUUAUAUCUUCUUCAUAGUGAGUAAAGCAAUUUGUCAGUUCGCCUUCAAGAAGAGCUCAAAUUUCGGAGCCUGAAUUUCAUGCCAUUCCAUUCUCCGAAGCUUUUGGAAACUUGAAAAAUGGCGGAAACCUCAGAAUCAGCAGUGCCCCAAGCCGAAACAACCACUGAAGUUUGUGAAGAGUCGAGGAAGAUUAACCCUAGAGUCGAAAUCGACACGUCUCCGCCGUUCGAGUCGGUUAAGGAGGCUGUGACCCGUUUUGGUGGCAGCGGUCCCUGGAUCCCCCUUCACCUGCUCCGACUAGCUGCUGAUCAUGCUUCUGGAGAGUUUGACAGUGACAAGCUGGAGGAGCAAGCAGCACAGUUGGAAAAGGAUCUAAUUGUGAAAGAACAGGAAACACUUGAUGUCUUAAAGGAACUGGAAGAAGCAAAGAAAUUUGUAGAGGGCUUAAAAAUGAAUUGGAUGAAAGAAGUAUCUGCACUCAUUGCAAGCCCUGACCUAAGUUCAGGUAGUCCAAUGUCUACUCCGAAUGAUAAGUCUGUGGAUAGUAGGAGCUUGUGCCCUGCUCCAUCCCCCGGUUUAAUCUUGAUGGAGUUGAACCAAGCAAAAUCAAAUCUCAAUAAAACUACAAUUGAUCUUGCUGUAAUUAGAGCUUCUGUUGAGUCUCUCAAUAAGAAAAUGAGAAAAGAGAAGAUUGUGACAGAAGUAAGCAGUGAGAAGCGAAUGCAAAACUCUGUAGAAGUGCUGCCCCUUGAGGAGAAUCAUAAUAGAGCAAGAGUCACACCACAUAAAGCCAACGAUGCAGAACCUACAAGUGGUCCUGAGAAUUCCACGAAUAUUUCGACGCAGCUCCAGCAAUUGAAUUUUGAGGCUGAGCAGAUAAAAAAUAUGACAGAAGCUGCAAGAUAUGAGGUCAUGAAAGCAAUGGCAGAGAUGGAACGAACAAAGACGAGCAUUCAUAUGGUCGAAAUGAGGCUAAUUGCAGCCAAAAAAAUGGAUGAGGCAGCUAGAGCGGUCGAAGCAGUUGCUCUUGCUGAAAGGAAGGCUCUAUCAAAUGGCAAGAGCCCAUCAGAAGUUUUCCUGCAAAAGCCUGAUGGAAUAACUCUUUCGAUUGAAGAGUACUCAGUCCUAACCCAGAAAGCUCAAAAAGCUGAAGAGCUAUCUAACUGGAAAAAAGCUCAGAAAGCUGAAGAGCUAUCUAACUGGAAAGUUGUAGAUGCCAAUGCCAAUGCCUUGCACCAUAUCAACGGAGCAAAUCUAUCGAAAAAGGCUAUUCUUAAUAAGUUGGAGGCAACAAAUGAAGAAAUUAAACACAGCAAAAAGUCCUUGGAAGAGGCUCUGGAUAAUGUAGGAGGUACAAACAGAAGGAACCUUAUUCCAGAAGAAGGUUUUUGCAGAAGGGGAUCAGAGCAUGUUGAAACAAGGCAUUCAGGGUAUAGCCCUGCCAAGUUUAAGUUCAGGAAUUCCCAUUCUUCUCAUGGCCAUCGAGGUUCUCAGGCACCUCAAGGGGAGGAAUGCGACCUAAUCAAAGAUAAAUCAAUGCCUGUUUUUAGGUCAACGUUUUCAAUUGGGGAUAUACUGAGCAGAAAGCUAAUUCUACGGGAUGAUAUCGUCAUGGGAAGGCAUAUUGACGACCACACAGAAAGACGAGGCGUGUCUCUAAGUCAAAUGCUUCGUGAACAAAGCAGCCUUAUAUUAAAUCCUCCGAAAACCAUGAGGGAUGAAAAUGUUGACAAGGAACACUUGGCACAAAGGAAAAGGUUCGGAUUCAUCCAUGUAUCAUUCCCCACAACAAAGCAAAGUAAGAAAAAGGCGCAGGGUUUGAACUGAGGUGACUUCGUUAAUAGAAGAAUAGUUUUCACUCAUGUAUUUCUAUCUAUGUUUUUUUCUUCACUAAAUUGCUUGUAUUGUGAUUGCUUAUGUUGCUGUGUCUUAUGAUUUCAUUGUGGUGUUGUUUUUGUGAGUAUCGAUUUGUAUCUUCUUCUCUUUACACUGGCCACUGAGCCAUAAAUAAUUUAUGGUGUUGAAUUUGACAAUGUUUGUAAUUAGAUGCACUGAAACCAUGGAUAAAGAGUGAUGAUUGUGUUGAAG